UUCACCCCCUACCCAACGCCUACUCUACCUUGCCCAGCGCCCACUGGCCACUACUAGUGAUGUACGAAAAAAUCUUCGCCCCUAAAUCUCAACUCCCCAACACCAUUUCUGUCCCUCUUUCUCUCUUAAUUGUGGCCGGGAAAUCACAAAUUUUUUUAUGGAAAUUAGCUGAAACUGUAACAAACUACUAUUAUACCAAGAAAUCUUGAAAAAUGUGGAAUCUUGCAAAGACCCAUUAUGGUUUCGUGAGUUACAGUGGGAUUUCUUGAUUUUUCUUGCAGGUUUGCAUAUGGUGAUGAUUAAAAGGCUUCUGGACAAGUGUAUUUUGGUUUGAAAGCACAAUGUGAAUGGUGAAUUUCCAUAUCUUUACUCUGUAUGUGUAUGUAAUUUCUUGGUUGUGGAGAUGGUGGCUGCUGUUUCUGAAAACCCCAAAAUCAUAUCUUCAAGAAGAUCUCCAUUAUUGUCUUCCGAAAAAGAGGACAAAAAUGGGGUUUCAAACAAUACCAAGAGACCCAAAUCAAGAAUUGUUUCUUCAAGAUAUAUGUCCCCUUCAACUUCAACUUCAACUUCCACUUCCACUUCAAAUUCAUCCUCAAUUUCUUCAUCUUCCUCUUCUUCUGGAAGGUAUCCCUCUCCUUUAGUUUCAAGGAACUCGACUCCGGUGUCCAAGAUUCCUUCUUUAUGCCCCAAGAGGUCUGUGUCUGCAGACCGGAGGAGGCCAGUGGCUGCCAGGCCUUUAGCGCCUGAUCUUGAUUCCAAGCAUGGGAAUUUGACUGAAGUUUCAGCAGCUGCAAAGCUGCUGGUCACUUCUACUCGGAGUUUAUCAGUUUCCUUUCAAGGUGAAGCCUUUUCGCUACCAAUUAGUAAGACUAAGGCUGCCCCGCCUUCGCCAAAUUUGAGUAGUGUGAGGAAGGGAACACCAGAGAGGAGGAGAAGUAGUACUCCAUUGAGAGGAAAGAGGGGAGGAGAUCAAGUAGAUAAUUCUAAGAAUGUUGAUCAGCAUAUGUGGCCGGCAAAGAACCGGUUGGUGAAUCCAUUGUCAAGGAGUGCGGAUUGUAGCGGCUGCAGUGUAGAGAGGAGCAAGCUCAUUGGAUCUGGCAGUGUGGUUCGUGCAUUUCAACAACCUAUGAUUGAUGAGAGGAAGGCGAGACUUGAUGGUAGGUCGAGCCUUGAUUUGGACUAUUCAGAUCUUUUAAAGACGGCUCAACUAGUUAUGGAUAGGAAUUUGGUUAAUAAUGAGUCAUCUGUACCAUCUGAUCUCACUGCAUCUGAUUCGGACAGUGUUUCUUCUGGUAGCCCUUCCGAAGUUCAAGAAAGUGGUGGGGAUUUCCGUGGAAGAAGUGGUCCUCGUGGAAUUGUUGGUUCGGCUAGGUUUUGGCAAGAAACCCAUAGUCGGCUGAGGAGGUUGCAGGAUCCAGGCUUGCCCUUAUCCACAAAUCCCAGUUCAAAACUAAUUGUGCCGCCAAAGUUGAAAAAGUAUGCAAGUGAUGGUCCGUUGUCAUCCUCACGAACAAUGUCAUCCCCUAUUCGUGGAGGUAUUAGACCUGCAUCUCCGAGCAAGCUUAUGACGCCUGUGGAAUCAUCUCCAUCCCGGGGAAUUAGUCCAUCUCGUAUCAGAAAUGCUGUUAGCACCAUUACUAGUAAAUUUAAUGAGACACCAUCAGUUCUUAGUUUUGCUGUUGAUGUUCAGAGAGGGAAAGUAGGCAAGAACUGGAUUGCUGAUGCCCACCUGUUGAGACUUCUGUAUAAUCGGCACCUCCAGUGGCGUUUUGCCAAUGCUAGGACUGAAGUGGUCUUGCUGGUGCAGACACACAGUGCUGAGAAAAAUCUAUGGAAUGCAUGGAUAACAAUCUCAGAACUACGCGACACUGUCACCAAAAAAAGACACCGAUUGCAGUUGCUUAGACAAAAGUUAAAGCUAGCCUCCAUUCUCAAGGGACAAAUGAUGUUUUUAGAAGAUUGGGGUUCUCUGGAUAAAGAUCAGUCCAUCUCUUUGCUUGGAGCUAUUAAAGCUUUGAAGGCUAGCACUCUUCGUCUUCCUGUCGUCGGAGGAGCAACUGCUGACAUCCAGAGCUUGAAGGAUGCUAUUGGUUCAGCAGUUGAUGUUAUGCAGGCUAUGACGUCAUCAAUAUGUUCACUUCUGCCAAUGGUUGAGGAAGUAAAUUAUUUGACGGCAGAACUAGCGAAAGUUACGGCUAAAGAGCGAGUUUGGCUCGAACAAUGCACAGAUCUUAUAUCCAUGUUAGCAGCCAUGCAGGUCAAAGACAGUAGUCUGAGAACAAGUAUAUUACAAAAAAUCCGCGUAUCAACUGCCUGACGACACAUUAACAACUGACCUCAUCUGACUAUCGAAUAUAGAUGCUAACAUCAUACGAAGCUUUCAACCUAGUGAAGGCUGCAUCGAAGGUACUGGAUGACGAGUCUUGGAUUAUCAUUUUGGCAUUUUGUUAACACAUUGAUGUCUCCAUUCUGUACUCCGGAUAUUGAAUAGAAGAAGGAAAUUAUAUUUCCUUUUCAUUAAUUAGCUAAUAGCAUUUCUUUCUUCUUCUAUAUACUUCUCAUUUCAUGGAAAUGAAAUCUGAUGUAAAUUUGUAAUGCAGCUAUUGCAAUUGAUUCAUAGGUUCGAGGAUAACU